AUGUCCGGCCGUGGAAAAGGAGGAAAGGGACUUGGCAAAGGUGGUGCCAAGCGUCAUCGUAAGGUGUUGCGAGAUAAUAUCCAAGGUAUUACCAAGCCUGCUAUCCGUCGUCUUGCUCGUCGUGGUGGAGUGAAGCGUAUUUCCGGACUGAUCUAUGAGGAAACCCGAGGAGUGUUGAAGGUCUUUCUCGAAAAUGUCAUUCGUGAUUCUGUUACCUACACGGAACACGCUCGGCGCAAGACUGUGACGGCCAUGGAUGUCGUCUACGCGCUCAAGCGCCAGGGAAAGACCCUUUACGGAUUUGGUGGUUAG